GGUGCGCGACACCCCGGGGAGAGGGGGACUAACCUAACAUUUGGAGCAAACACGGUUUUAUUUUUGUUUUUUUCUACGCACGCGGACAGAGACAGUCUUCCUUCAAAGACUGCAGGAUGAAUCCCAUGACACAGCUGUACUACAAGAAGGCGACAUAUUCGCCGUACCGCGACCGCAUCCCGCUGCAGAUCGUGCGGGCGGAGGUGGAGCUGUCUGCGGAGGAGAGGGCCUACCUCACCGCCGUGGAGAAAGGUGACUAUGCUGGGGUGAAGCACGCCCUGCGGGAGGCCGAGGUCUACUACAACAUGGACGUGAACUGCCUGGACCCGCUGGGCCGCAGCGCGCUGCUCAUCGCCAUCGAGAACGAGAACCUGGAGAUCAUGGAGCUGCUGCUGGACCACGGCAUCCACACCGGGGACGCCCUGCUCUACGCCAUCCGCAAGGAGGUGGUGGGCGCCGUGGAGCUGCUGCUGAGCCACCGGAGGCCAAGCGGGGAGAAGCAGGUUCCCUCGCUGAUGAUGGACAGCCAGUUCUCAGAGUUCACCCCCGACAUAACUCCCAUCAUGCUCGCUGCUCACACCAACAACUACGAGAUCAUCAAGCUCCUGGUGGCGCGGAAGGUGACGAUCCCCAGACCCCACCAGAUCCGCUGCGACUGUGUGGAGUGUGUGUCCAGCUCAGAGGUGGACAGUCUGCGGCACUCCAGGUCUCGUCUGAACAUCUACAAAGCCCUGGCCUCCCCCUCCCUCAUCGCUCUGUCCAGUGAAGACCCCAUCCUCACCGCCUUCAGGCUGGGCUGGGAGCUUAAAGAGCUCAGCAAGGUGGAGAACGAGUUCCGCCAGGAGUACGAAGAGCUGUCGCAGCAGUGCAAGCGCUUCGCCAAAGACCUGCUGGACCAGGCCCGGAGCUCCAGAGAGCUGGAGACCAUCCUGAACCACCGGGACAACGACCAAAGCGAGGAGCUGGACCCGCGGCAGUGCCACGACCUCGCCAAGCUCAAGCUCGCCAUCAAGUACCACCAGAAGGAGUUUGUGGCGCAGCCGAACUGUCAGCAGCUUCUCGCCACUCUCUGGUACGAUGGUUUCCCCGGCUGGAGGAGACGACACUGGGCAGUGAAAUUGGUGACCUGCUUCAUCAUCGGACUACUGUUCCCUUUCUUCUCUCUGAUCUACCUGUUGGCUCCAAAGAGUGCCAUUGGUCGUUUCAUAAAGAAACCCUUCAUCAAAUUCAUCUGCCACACGGCGUCCUACCUGACCUUCCUCUUCCUGCUGCUGCUGGCCUCGCAGCACAUCGCCCGUACAAACCUCCACAUGCAGGGACCCCCCCCCACCAUCGUGGAGUGGAUGAUCCUGCCUUGGGUGCUGGGGUUCAUCUGGGCAGAGAUUAAGGAGAUGUGGGACGGCGGUUUCACGGAGUACAUCCACGACUGGUGGAACCUGAUGGACUUCGCCAUGAACUCUCUGUACCUCGCCACCAUAUCGCUGAAGAUCGUGGCCUACGUCAAAUAUAACUCCUCUCGGCCGAGGGAGGAGUGGGAGAUGUGGCACCCGACGCUGAUCGCCGAGGCUCUGUUCGCCAUCGCCAACAUCUUCAGCUCCCUGAGACUCAUCUCCCUCUUCACCGCCAACUCCCACCUCGGGCCGCUGCAGAUCUCCCUGGGGAGGAUGCUGCUGGACAUCCUGAAGUUCCUCUUCAUAUACUGUCUGGUGCUGCUGGCGUUUGCCAACGGUCUGAACCAGCUGUACUUCUACUACGAGACGAAGGCCUCAGAGGAGCCCAACAACUGCAAAGGCAUCCGCUGCGAGAGGCAGAACAACGCCUUCUCCACGUUGUUCGAGACGCUGCAGUCGUUGUUCUGGUCGAUAUUCGGGCUGCUGAAUCUGUACGUGACCAACGUGAAGGCGCGGCACGAGUUCACGGAGUUUGUCGGCGCGACGAUGUUCGGGACGUACAACGUGAUCUCGCUGGUGGUGCUGCUCAACAUGCUCAUCGCCAUGAUGAACAACUCCUACCAGCUCAUCGCCGAUCACGCCGACAUCGAGUGGAAGUUCGCUCGCACCAAACUGUGGAUGAGUUACUUUGACGAGGGCGGGACGCUGCCCCCGCCCUUCAACAUCAUCCCCAGCCCCAAGUCCAUCCUGUACCUGCUGCUGUGGCUCCACAACAAGCUGUGCAGGGGGGGCGGCCUCGCUGGGGAGGACUCGCACAAGUGUGAGAACCUCCGGGAGUUCACGGAACGCCACGCUGACAGUCUGAUUCAGAACCAGCAUUACCAGGAAGUGAUCCGCAGCCUGGUGAAGAGGUACGUGGCGGCCAUGAUACGCAGCGCCAAGACGGACGAGGGACUGACGGAGGAAAACUUUAAGGAGUUGAAGCAGGACAUCUCUAGUUUCCGCUACGAGGUCCUGGAUCUCCUCGGUAACCGCCGUCCCCCCAGGCGACACUACUCCUCGUCCAGUGAGACAGCGAGAGACGACGGCGCCGCGGCAUCAGAGGACGACAGCGAAUCGGGCGACGGCUGCUCGAGCCAGAGGGCAAGGGGCGUGACCUUCGUGACGCCGCUGGAGGAGGAGGAAAAGAGGCCGUCGCCGACGCUCGGUGUGUCCGCGCUGGUGCGCUCCAUCUCGGGCAUGACCCGGAUAGAAGGAGUGGGCGACGAGGACGAUGAGGAGGAGAUGGAGGAGGAAGAGGAGGAGGAAGAGGAGGGGAAACCAAAGAGCAACGGGCUGAAGACGACCGUCGUCCCUCCGUCCUCCUCCAGCAUGUCCCCGUCUUUUACUUCGACUUUCUCCUCGUCAUUCGCCCGCACCAGGAGUCGCCUGCAGCGCCUCUCAGCCCCCGGAGCCAAAACGGACUCCUUCAAACGCCUCUCCUUCCUGUUUUCCCGCUCAAAACGCAGAGCCCCCCCCAUGCCGCUACAGUCCCCGUCCUCCUACACAAUAUCCGACGGGUUCCUGCGCCCCCUGGGGAGCCACGACUUCGGACUAGGUGGUGAGGACGUGACGAGGAGCGAGACGCACCUUCACGAGGUGGGCCGCCGCCGCCGGUCGGGCGACAUCAUCGGCGACCCGUCGUUCUCCCCCCGGAGGACGAACGGCGGGCGGGACUCCCUCCUCCUGGCGCUGCCCCUCCCCCCCCCGUGCCCCUGCCAAUCCCUGCACUGUGCUUCCAACAUGUCCGAGUCCAGCUCGCGCCUCCUGGACUCCAGCGAGGACGUUUUCCAGGGCGGAGGUGUGGGAGGAGCGGGCGGCGGUGUGGACGGAGGAGGGGGGCUGAUGAUGAUGGGCGGGUGGGUUGGACCCUGUGGUGAUGAUGUCAUCGGAGACAGCUGUGAUGUCAUAGAGGACUCCGUCACCACGCAGCUAUAGAAGGGACGGACAAACUGUUGUUUACUUUCCUUUUGUUUUUAAAAAUGGCGCUCGGAGGGAGGGAGACAGGGUUAGGGUUAGAGAGAGAGGAAACGGCGGAAUGUUCUAGAACCCCGACGGGACGGGUUCUGGAACCCCCCUCCGCGCCGAGGGUUCUAGAAUGCGAGAAUUUCGAAGAAAAGAACAAAGAACGUUUCUUUCCAUGAUGGUGGUUUUUGAGAGGGAACGGCAAAUGGCGGAUGUUCAUAAAGACAGUUUGACACAUCGCUAUCCACUCUGUUCAUGACAAGAAGAACAUUCUAGAGAAGUGACAAGCUAGCAGGCGCUAUACUCGGAGAGCUAGGAAGCUAACCGCUACUGAAGCUGCAUUCACAUGAUGCGCCAUUUGGGUUCAGUCAUGGCAUUAGUGUCAUUACUAUGUUAACAUCCCCUGCUAGCUUGCACCGCUACAUCUGUCAUCUGUGACACGUUCAAAUAUCAGCGGUAAACAAGUAAUUGAAGUAAUUCAUUUGAGCGGUGCAUAAAAACACAACAGCAUCGUAGAGGCGUUUCACUAUCACGUGAAUGCAGCUUUAGCUAAGAGGCGCAUUAGGGAGAGACAUCACAAGCUAAGCUACUUAGUGAGCUAACUAGCUAGAGAGCACAGGAGUUACCAAAGUAAUCCACUAUCAAGCUAACCCGCUAGUCGGCUAUCUAACUAGCCAGUGAGGUUUUUCAAGAGGGUUUCAUUUACUAUAAAAACAUUUCGUAGAAAUUAAAAUUAGCUUCGAUCAUUACUGUCGUGUUUCCUUAGCCUUUUUCUGAUGUUCUUACCCUUCACACAGAGUAGGUCUGAUGAUAUGGACAUUUUACUACAUAAAUAUUGUGGCUACGAAGAUGUUCAAUAAGUAUAUUAUCGCUGUCUAAAAACAAAACUAAAACGUUAUUUAAAUGUGCGUUUUAUCUGUUUUUGGCUAAUUAAUUCCGCUUAUUUGUGCGUCUGAAUCGAGACAAAGAGCAAGUCAUUGUAUGUUUUUAAAUGACAUCAUAUAUACGAUACCUUCACACACAUAGAAACUGCUUUUCUAGUCUCAACUGUUUCUCCUUUUUAUCCGCCAAACUCGUCUUUAUCAACCUCGGCCAUUUCCCACGCUUUCCACCACAGAAGAAGAAGGGAGGAUAUUUAAAGGGAGGGCUCAUCUUUUAUCCUCUUUCCUCUGGGAGAUCCAAACACGCAUGAUUAUCACGGAUUUACAAGAAGCCAAAGCGACUUUUUCUGUUUGGUUUUUCAACACUUUCCCUUUAACCAAACUCCAAAAAUCCUCCACUGGAGCCCCUUCACCUUGGGAUGAAAAAGGGAUGCAACUUAAAGCCACCCAAAUGGAACGGGACAAAUGGAAUAAACCUCCCCUUUAACUGGAAUUUGAUGGAUUUAUCCGAAGAUCCCUGGGAUUGUUUUUGGGAGUUUUGCUGUGGAUAGCCUGCACCCUCUCUCUCUGCUUCAACAAGGGCCAAGGAACUUUCUUUUCUCCUUCUAGCAGUUAUACUAGUAAUAAUAAUAAUAACAAUAAGAGACUUUAAUAAUAGUAAAUGAGGACUAUUCUGGUUUCUUAAGACUGUCUUUGCUUCUCUUUGAGUUGCCUACGUUACCCUGGCUUCUCGUACAGCUCUUCCUUAAUAAGUACACUUUAACCUACAGAUAUUUAUUGUGAGGAGGGGAGAUGAUGAUGUGUGAAUGGGUGGAAAUAAAAGGUGUGUGGGGGGGAGGAAUACCGGGAAAGAGACGCCUUUCUAUCUGGGAAAUCUAUUUUAAAAAGGGAAAUUGCACCAGAAUUUCAUCAUGAUUUUUAUUUCAUUUUGAACGGUUGGCAUGAGCAGAGGCUGUUGAAUUUUUACUCUGCUUUAUAUAAGAACUGUCAGAGGAGGAAGUAGAGAAAUUAUGCAUGUUUGAUCAAAAAUAACCACAGUUACCUGCAACACACACACACACACACACACACACA